AGGAGUGGUGCUGAGUGCAGGCUGUCAGACACGUUCUCCGCCCACUUGAGCCUCGAUGCUGCGUCCUGGCAUAUAAAUACCGCGUGGAACACGCGUGUGCUGUGGCUACGGCUUUCGGUCUUGCACGCGGUGGAAGAGAGUGGUCUUCUUCAGCUUUCUGUUUUGUUUUCCCCACCUUUCCUUUUUGUGUCCGUCCGUCCGUCCAUCCGUCCGUCCUUUCCCACUGCGCGUCAUUGGGAAGCAAUGGCAGCGGAGAACUUCAACAUUCUGCUCGCGACGGACUCCUACAAGAUAACGCACUACAAGCAGUACCCACCCAACGUAACCAAGGUGUAUUCCUACUUUGAGUGCCGACGCAGGAACGAGGCCCAGUUCAGCGAGGUGGUGUUUUUCGGCCUGCAGUACCUUCUGAAGAAAUACCUGGCAGGGCCUGUCGUCACAGAAGAGAAAAUUCAGGAAGCAAAAGUCUUCUACCAGCUGCACUUCAGACAAGCGGUCUUUGAUGAAGAAGGGUGGAGAAAGAUCUUGGAGAAGUAUGAUGGCCGCCUGCCUAUCCGCAUCAAGGCUGUUCCUGAAGGAAAGGUAAUUCCCCGGGGAAACGUUCUUUUCACUGUUGAAAACACAGACCCGGAUUUCUUCUGGCUCACAAACUACAUUGAGACCAUGUUAGUCCAGAUGUGGUAUCCCAUCACAGUAGCGACCAUCUCUCGGGAGUUUAAAAAAAUACUGGCAAAACAUCUGAAGGCUACAUCUGGCAGCUUGGAAGGGCUGGACUUCAAGCUGCAUGACUUUGGCUAUCGGGGGGUCUCGUCGCAGGAGUCAGCAGCGCUGGGAGGUGCAGCCCACCUGGUGAACUUCUGCAGCACGGAUACGGUGGCUGGAGUGUUGAUGGCCCAACGCUACUACGGCUGUCCCAUGGCAGGCUUCUCCAUUCCUGCUGCUGAACACAGCACCAUCAUCUCAUGGGGUCGACACCGUGAGAAGGAAGCCUUCGAGAGCCUCCUGGACCAGUUUCCUACGGGGUGCGUGUCCGUUGUCAGCGACAGCUACGACAUUUUCAACGCCUGCAAGCACAUCUGGGGGGGGAAGCUUAGGGAAAGGGUGUUGGAGAGAGGCGACGACUCCACCCUGGUCAUUCGACCCGACUCCGGAGACCCUGCGGAGACCGUCAUUGAGGUCAUAAGGAUUUUGGAAGAGUGCUUUGGGAGCUCCGUGAACUCGGUGGGAUACAAGCUGCUCCCGUCAAACUUGCGUAUCAUCCAGGGCGAUGGGAUCGACCUGUCCUCUGUGAAGGAGAUCCUGGAAAAGCUGAGGGAUGAAGGUUGGAGCAUGGAGAACGUCCUGUUCGGCUGCGGAAGUUCCCUCCUGCAGAAGAUCAACCGGGACACACUAAACUGUGCCUUCAAGUGCAGCUACGUGGAGAGCAACGGGAAGGGGAUGGAUGUGUACAAGCAGCCCAUAACGGACCCAUCGAAACGCUCCAAGAGAGGACGCCUAUCUCUUCGGAGGAACUCGGACGGCUUCAUCGAGACGGUGGAGCACGGCGUCGGCAAACCCGAGGAGGACAUGCUGGUGACCGUGUUUGAGAACGGCUCCAUACUGCAGGACUACCUGCUGGAGGAGAUCCGCAAGAACGCGCUGCUCUGGGAGGAGGAGGAUCCCAACUGCUACCAGCACAACCGGGAUGACCUGCAGGCUGGGGAGCCUCUCCAGAAGCACAUCAUAAACGGGGUGCCCUGAUAGACCUCCGAGGGAGGCGCCCGUGUUACCCUCAGGUCUCUUUUGAAAUGUGUGUUGUGUGUCCUGUUCCUCGUGCGCGGAACUGGCCAGGUGUCGAAGCUGGUUGCGUAGCUGCGAAAACCAGACGUCGCUUGGAUGUAACGAAAAAGUUAACUCUCUACCAGUUCGGCAGCAAUGGUUUUAUCCUUAAUCUGGACACAUCUUUCCAAAUGCACCAUCAUCUCAGCGUGGAAAUAUUGCACACUCAGGUGUUCUAAGCCUUAACACAGCCAUAAGCUGCACUUGGAACAAAGAGGAAGAUGAGGAACACAUCAGUGUGCACGCAUGAUGGUGACAGCCAGCUGCUGUCUGACACGAGUCUCUUGCCGGGCUGGAGGUGUUGAAGAUCUUGACUCGAUCUUUGAAUCCCGUACAGCAAAACUUCACUUAAAAAUCAACUGGACGGAAAUGUCAGUUUUUUACCGGUUUCCUUGAUUCCACCCUUGAAAUGUUUUUUGCAGAGAAUUUUUGGCCAAAAAUAUUUUUAGAUAAUGCUGUAUGUUGUCAGCGCUAAUAAAUGAAUAGCAAGAGUGAAAUGACUGCAUCAGUGGCUCAAGAGUUUGGGCAUUUAAUGGAAAUGGACACUAGAAUAAAGGCGGUCUGCUCUGAGUGCAGUUUUUCCAUCGCAGGGUGCAAUGAAGGAGACUGCUGUGUGUUUGCUGUGACUGCGAUACGGUGAAUGGAUCGUGUGGAAUUGGCCUCCACGUGCUGCGGUGUUUGUCCUCCCUUCUGUACUGUUGACAUCAGAUGGGCUCAGCUCUCCUUCCUAAUGGCCAAACGGAGCACAAGCCGCCCUUGUUCGAUAUUAAUCCUGCAAAUUUCACUAUGCAAAUAAUUAAUACCGGGGGCCUAAGUUGGGAAGGUUUCGCAAACAAAGACAAGCUGACCCUUGUAUAGAAAGGAAGCAGCUGCUGUUUUACUUCCUACUCGACACACACAGUUUGUCCUUCAUUAAUUGUACUGCUGGUAGUAUGAUGAGGACGGAAAGAAAAGGCCACAUGUGCCGCCGUACUGCGACCUGCGGGAAUGACGGCUGAGCGGCACCGGUUUAUACGCUGCUUUAUACAUUUUUCAGACGCGUUUUACGCUGUUUGAUGGGGGACAUUCAUCUUCAGCUGCCACCACCUGAGAAGAAAUUGAAAGCACUGUUUAGCCAAAUUUAUGUGGUCAAAAUGAGAGACGGUGCUUUCACGUGGUGGAAAAAAGCGCACGCUCUCGCUCUCUAUAAGACUGUUAACACUUACAGUCCAGACAGAUGCGCACUUUUUUUGGUGUGUGCUGUUAACCCGUGUUCUUCCAAGUACGAUUUGCUGCAAAGUUUAAAUGAACUAGUUAAUAUUUUUCCAAGCACUGGACAGGAAGCAGUCAACCCUACCUCUUUUUCUAUUGAGCAUAAAGUUGUAUUUGA